AUGGAUGUGCCCGACAUUACCCCCUCGCUGGAGAAGCUCAACGUCGAUCUCGACCAGCUAGAAGCCGCUCUUAAGCCCGUUCUCGGUGAUGUCGGUGAUGUAUCUUCCAAGCUUCCUCUUUUGGACAAGGCCAAGCUCUAUGUCAUGGUGACUUAUGCCAUCGAGUCGAUGCUCUUCUCAUCACUACGUCUGAACAGUGUUGACGCCAAAGAGCAUGCCAUUUUCACAGAGUUGACCCGCGUCAGGCAGUAUUUUGAGAAGAUUCAGAAGAUUGAGAACCCGCCCCAGGAGCGUGAGCAGACGGUCAACAAGGAGGCCGCUGCCCGCUUCAUCAGAUCUGACUUGGCCGAUGACGAGGCCAUCAAGCAGAAGUUGACAGAGCUGAUCGCCAAAGAGAAGGCCAAGGCAGAGGCGAAGGAGGAGAAGAAGAGGGCAGCAGAUUCGGGCUCCGAGCCUAUUGCCAAACGUCCCAAGACCAAGGGCAACAAGAAAAAGUGA